UUCUAUUUUGACUGAUGUCGCUCUUGUAUGCAAGCGCGUGUCUCCACAUUACUUGGUUGGUUCGUUCGAUGUCGUGAGGUAUCAUUCAGCUGUUCCCUAAUAAUUUCAGUCUCGAUGCGACUUCCACAUGUGACUUGCACCAGCAAGUGUCGCUACAUUUGUUCUGUCGGGUCACUAUUGCAAGUUUGCCUGAUACUGUCCACAAGGAGUUGAAUAUCAGCACAAUGGAUUGGUUCUAUAUUGCUGCUGGAUGUGUUGGUAUCACACAGCUGGUACUUGACUGCUGGACUUGGAUUCAGACAUUUAAGAUACUUGGAUUUUUAGCUUUCUUAAGAUAUGUUAUAUUGCCAGCAGACUGUGAUCUAACCCUCUUUUUGUUCAAACACUUUGGAAAGCCAGUUGAGAGUCUUGAGGGUCGUGUUAUAUGGAUCACAGGAGCUUCAAGUGGGAUCGGUAAAGCGCUUGCUAUUCGACUGGCAAAAGCAAAAGUAAGAGUUGUUCUCUCUGCACGGUCUGUAGAGAAUUUGAAUGAGGUGAAGCAGAAAUGUAUCGAAACUGGAGGCUUAGAGGAGAAAGAUGUUCUUGUCUUGCCAUUAGAUAUGGUUCAGUAUGACCAACAUCAGUCUGCAUUUGAUAAAGUGAUUGAACACUUUGGAGAGCUGGACAUUCUUGUGUGCAACGCUGGCCGUUCACAGCGUGGCCGGUGGGAGAUGAUUGACCUAGAGGUGGACCGUGAGCUCUUUGAAUUGAAUGUAUUUUCGCUCAUAGCCCUGUCCCGGAGGGUGGUCAAGUAUUUCCUACAAAAGGGGAAGGGACAUGUAGUGGUGACCUCAAGCACAGCAGGAAAGUUGGGAGCUCCCAUGUCUGGUUCCUAUACGGCUUCAAAACAUGCAUUGCAGGGAUAUUUUGACUGUCUACGUGUUGAGAAGGCAGGGUGUGGUUUAGAUAUCACCAUGUUCUGUCCAGGCCCUGUGGAUUCUAAUCUCCUCAAAGUGUGUUUCACAGAAGAGAAAGGGAAGGAACUUGGCCAGGAAAGGAAAGGCAAAAGAAUGUCAGCGGAACGUUGUGCAGAUCUCUUUGCCAUAUCAAUUGCCAACAAACUGUCGGAGGUUUGGGUAGCUGAUCAACCAGUCUUAACCAUGUAUUACCUAAACCAGUUUAUUCCUUCACUGAUGAAAUGCGCUUUACAGGUUCUUCCGCUGAAGGCAAUAAUGAAAUUGCGAGAUGGCAGAGAUGAUGCAGCUCAGCUAACGGGUGCAGAGGGAAAAAAGGAAUGUUGAUUUAUAUGUACAUAAGUAAAACUUUCUUGUAUAGUACUGAACUAAUGGCAGAAGCGAAAGAUUCAUAAACUAAAUGGUGCUUAAAUUACAUGGAUACAUUUUGUGAUAAAGAUUGUUGCCUUAUCAUAUAUAUUGGGGUUUGCCAUAAGGCCUACAUAUUCAUAUGUAUCAUAUUUCUUACAUUAUAUUUUUCUCAUUAA